GGCGCUCGGGGGCGGGGCCUGCCGUCGCUCCGGGGCUGGUCCCGAGCGCCCACCCUCGCCGCUGCAGCCUCGGCGCGGCCGGCGGGCCAUGGAGGCCCAGCGCCGCCUGGCGCCCGGACCGGGCUGCGGGCACCCUCCUCCCCGCACCGCCGGUUCGGAACCCAAGGCCGCGCCCGUGUCGGUGCCCGCGUCGCCGCAGGGCCCUGCCACCGGCGGCGGCUUGGCGGGCUUGGAGUUCGCGCCUCCGCAGGAGCCAGAGCCACGGGCUCUGGGGACCGGGGCAGGGGCGGCAGCGGGACCCCCGACGCCUUCGGCGCUCAUCCCGGCGCCGGCGCUCAGAGCCCCCCAAGGAAAAUUCCGGCUGGAUGAGGUCAUGGCUGCCGCAGCCCUCACAAGCCUGUCCACCAGCCCCCUCCUGCUGAGGCCCCCUGCUGCAGCCUUAAGCACAGACGCCUGCUGGGAGCCCUGGCCCCAGACCCUGGGGCAGCCACCCGCCAGCUACAGCAGCAGCAGUGGAGACGGGCUGGGACCCAGCCAGCGAGCAGUCCUCUCCAUCCUCCCCGUCACCCCCGCUGCCCCCAGAGGCAGCCUUCCUGUUUGGGGAGCCUGUGCCUCGGAAGAGGAAGAGCUCGGGGCAGGUCCGGUUCCAGUGCCUGUGGAAGUGCUGUGGGAAGGUGCUGAGCACAGCCUCCGGGAUGCAGAGACACAUCCGCCUGGCGCACUGGGGCGGCAGGCAGAGCCAGAGCAGAGUGAUGGCGAGGAGGACUUUUACUACAUGGAGCUGGACAUUGGUCUGGAGGUGCUGACCCCAGUGUCCCCCACAGCCUCCCUGCUGCCCACCUUCCCUCACCUGGAGCUGCUGGAGCCUCCAGCCUUGCUCGGCCUGCUGCACCCAUUGGCCUUGCCCCCGCCCCAGGAAGCCCUGAGGCGACGCCAAGGCGUACUGCUCGGAGCGCCCGGGCCUGUGGUGCACCGCCUGCCGCUGGAAGAAGGCCUGCCAGCGCUUCCUGGCCUGAGGGCGGCACCAGGUCCAGAGCCCGGACUGCACCGCUGAGCCUGCGCCGCCCACAGGUUCUGCAGAAGACACUGCACCCCCUGCUCAGAGCCUCCAGCAGUACGGGGUCUGCCUUCUCAUGGGGAGGGGCGUCCCUGGACCCCGACGGGGGAGGUGCCACCACCAAAGUGCCUCUGAAGGAGCCAGCCUUCUAUACGACAGCCACACAGGUCCCUGGGGUGGCCGUCCGCCCUGUCCAUCCGUGGACUUGUCAAGGAUGCUGAUAGGCCCAGGUUUGAGGCCACGUGGGAGCCAGACCUGGAUGCACUGGGGGGGGGGAGGGGGGGGCAGCACUGGGGGCUCCGUGUCACACUUAUCCUGAUGGCUCAGGGCCCGGAGCUGACAUUUGUACCAUGUUUUUGAAGCUCAGGUGUCUUGUGUCUGGACAGUGCCAGGCAAGCAGAAAAAUUAAACUUUGGGGUUUUUCCA